AUGCGCCUACGGCCCGACUGCUCUCAGCUUCUGCCACCUCCACCACCAUCAUCGGUAGCCAUGGCCUCCCUGGCAAACGUCUUCUACAACUCCCUCGUGAAGCGCAACAGCGUGUAUGUCACGUCCAUCUUCGCCGGUGCCUUCGCCUUCGGCGUUGGCUUCGACGUCGCCAUCACGUCGUUUUGGGAUAACUGGAACAAGGGGAAGCAGUGGAAGGACAUCCGGGAGAAGUACAUCCAGAAUGAUAGUACAGCAAAUUAG